GUGCGCUGCCGCGCUCAUCACCGCGCGGCAGUGGCAGUUUGGCCGGCGCGCUGCCGCCGCCUUCGUCACGCGUGUGCGAGCCCGGCCGGCAUCGCCCCCCCCCUUUCCCAGGGAGCAGCCCCGCUUCCCCCGCGUGGCGCCGGUCGUGGGUGCGGGAGAAAUCAAGUGUUUCACGUGCCCGGCCCCUUGGGGGAUGGACGGGACUGGCCCGGCGGCCUUGCGGAGUUCGCAGCCCUGCUUGGCUUGGCGAGGAGCCCUGCGCGGUGGCAAUGGUGGAUCUUCCUCCCUUGUUAUUGCCCCCCUCCGCGCCUGGGGGCAGUUGGGAGGGCUGCAAUACCUGGGCCUUCCUACCGACUCCUUUGCCUUCCAGUAGGGGCAACUGACCCCUUCGUCCACUUGCGAGAGAGAAGUCUGGUAUCACGUUUUGUUUGUAGCUUUCAGAGUAAUGAGACAAACUGAAUCCUUCAUCUAGGAGGCAAACGGACAGCACCCAUGUCUCAUGAAAGAAGGAUCACAGCCCAUCUAGCUGUAAAGUACUGCAAGCAUUUUGGACCCUAUGUAUGGACAGGAUCUCUAGCUGUGGUUGAGAUGAAGUUAAUGCAGCUGAGGAAGAUGGGGGUGGGAGGCGGUGCACAAAGGUGGCUUCAUGAUUUCUUUGUGGCUUCCUGACACUGGAGUUCAGGGGACUGAAUCAGCCUCCAGCUUGACUGUGACCAUGGCAGGUUAUCACAGCAAAUGCUCUCCUGCUUGGACCACUGUGGAUCUGCUGGAUCUGCUCAGUAUAUGAGGAGAGGAGGCUGUGCAGUCCCAGCUGUGCUUGAGACGUAGGAAUUUUGAUACCUAGGGGCACACUUCUCGAAGCUUGUGGAAAAGGGCUGUGAUCAGGACAUUCUGCAGUGCAGAGUGAAGAUAAAGGAGCUGAGGCAGGCGUACCAUAAGGCGAGGGAGGCAAACCGUCACUCUGGUGCUGCACCUAAGACCUGCCAGUUCUAUAAGGAGCUGGACACUAUCCUCGGUGGUGACCCCAGCUCCACUGCCAAGAGCCCCGUGGAUACUUCGGCAGGCCUGGAGGCAGCAGAAAGAGGACCUAACCUGAAGGACAAAGUCAUUGACAAAGAGGUGGAGUUAGACGAUGAUGUGGAGCUCCCAGUAGGGUCACCCAGCGGGCCAGACAGCCAGGAACUGUUCAGCACUAUGGAAGUGUCUAGCCAGUCUCAGCAGUUGCUCUCCAGGAAGCAAGAAGCAGGAGAGGAGAUGCCUGGCCUUGAUGACUGCCUCCAGCAAUACAUUAAAAAUUUUGAAAGGGAAAAAAUCAAUGGAGAACAGCUGUUGCACAUCACUCAUCAAGAACUUGAAGAACUGGGAGUCACUCGCAUUGGACACCAAGAAUUGAUCUUAGAAGCAGUUGAUCUGCUCUGUGCAUUGAAUUAUGGUUUGGAGACAGAAAACCUGAGAACACUCUCUCAUAAGCUGAAUGCCUCAGCCAAAAAUCUUCAGAACUUUAUAACGGGUAGAAGGAGGAGUGGCCAUUAUGAUGGCAGGGCCUCCAGACGACUGCCAAAUGAUUUUCUUACCUCUGUUGUAGACCUGAUUGGUGCUGCCAAGAACUUGCUAGCCUGGCUGGACAGGUCUCCAUUUGUCAGUGUGACAGAAUACUCAUUGCUGAAAAACAAUAUUGUUCAACUGUGCCUGGAAUUAACAACCAUCGUGCAACAGGAUUGCACAGUAUACGAAACAGAAAAUAAAAUUCUUCAUGUGUGUAAAACUUUGUCUGGAAUCUGUGACCACAUCAUCUCUCUCUCAUCUGACUCCCUGGUGUCUCAGUCAGCCCAUCUUGAAGUAGUUCACCUUACUAGCGUUAUGCCCAGUGAGGGCUUGGGGAUGUAUAUCAAGUCAACAUAUGAUGGGCUGCAUGUAAUCACUGGGACUACUGAAAAUUCUCCUGCAGAUCAAUGUAAGAAGAUCCAUGCAGGGGAUGAGGUGAUCCAGGUCAACCAUCAAACUGUGGUUGGCUGGCAGUUAAAGAACCUUGUAAAUGCAUUGCGGGAAGACCCAAAUGGAGUGAUCUUAACCUUGAAGAAACGUCCUCAAAACACUCUGGUUUCUGCUCCUGCACUUCUGAAGAAUGUGAGGUGGAAGCCUCUAGCACUUCAGCCUGUGAUUCCAACCAGUCCAACAAGCAGCUCCACAACACCAACCAGCACAAUGGGCAUGUCCUCAAAAAUUGACAGCUCUGCUCUUCAGGACAUUUUCAUCUUCUCUCCCAUGUCAGGACUUUAUGGCCCAAGGGAUGAAAUUGGAAUAAUGUCUUGUGAUGACAUCAGCAAAUAUGGAAAGUCUGGAAUAAAAGGCUCCGAGUCACCUAGCUACUUUCUGGAGCAUGAAAGUGGGAAGUAUUACACAUUAAUUGAAGAUGAGGGCCAUCCAAUGGGCUCUGAGUAUGAGAGAGGCAGAACCACAGGAGUUCGAAGAAGAGAAAAGACACCCACUCAUGGUGACUUGAGGCCUGUUUCUAUGCCUACAGAGUUCAGCUGGAUAGGGGAGUCAAAAGAACCGAACAUGUACAAGAGAGGCAGCCGAGACUCGGAGAAUUCACUCCUACGAUACCUGAGUGAUGACAAGAUCUUGGUGAUCCAAGAAGAGCCUUUGACACAGAAAGACAACAAGAGAGACACGGGCCGCAGGUCAAGGAAAAAGGGCAAAAACACAAGUAGUCCGAACUAUCCAAUUAGCCCAUCUAUGUUAACAUCUACUGUUAGCGUUAGGCUGGAACCUGGGCAGCAAGAUGUCCUGAAUUUCUCACUAGCUGAAAGCAACACUGUUCCACUGUAUCACAGAGCAGGGGAGACAAUCGGUGGAGAUUCUGAAAGGUACGCUAGUUCUGCCAGUGACCGUCAAGGGAGCACAUCCAUGAGGAAGUCUUUCCACUACGCUUCCCUGAGGGUAAAAACCAAAAAAUGGUCCAAAGGGAGCUCUCUGACUAGUGGGAGCAGGAGGCGGAUUUCCUGCAAAGACUUGGGCCAUGGAGAUUGUGAGGGCUGGCUGUGGAAGAAAAAAGAUGCCAAAGGUUACUUUACACAGAAAUGGAAAAAAUACUGGUUUAUUCUGAAGGAUUCUUCACUGUACUGGUACACAAACCAGAAUGAUGAAAAAGCAGAAGGAUUCAUCAGUUUACCUGAGUUCAGGAUAGAUAGAGCCAUUGAAUGCAGAAGGAAACAUGCCUUCAAAGCAUGUCACCCCAAAAUUAAAAGCUUUUACUUUGCAACUGACUGUCUUGAAGAAAUGAAUAGAUGGAUGAACCGUCUGGGUCUUGCAGCCAUUGGUUAUACACCUGAUGACAAGAAUAUUCGGCCAGAUGAAGAUUACUGGAGUGAAAGUGACCAGGAUGAUAUUGAUGGCUCUUUAACCCUGAAACAGGAAGGCCCUUCAACACUAUGUGACACCUACCAUCGAACACCCUCAGUGAAUUCUUCAAGUCCAUUCCCUGAACCCAAACAUGGUCGACACUUUUCAAGCGAAUCUACCCACUCUUAUUCUUCUGCGGAGGAUUCCCGACAAGAUGCCACAGGAAGUACACACUUGUCAGGAUGCAGACCUCCCUAUCGAGAGAGGCGCUCAUGGCAGGACCUGAUAGAGACCCCCUUAACCAGUUCUGGCCUCCAUUUUCUUCAGACUGUUCCUCCUGACCCAGAAUACAUGAGUGGCCGACCUGGAAUGUCACCAGAGAAGCGAAGACAGGCAACAUUACCAGUCCAAAGACGUCACAAUCAUGAACGAGAUGGACCUUUCCCUUUGGUGGAGUGGCAAAGAGGAUAUAGUUCUCAUAACAGGCCCCAGAAGCAACGUAGUCAAAGCCUUCCACGAAACAGAGAUGUCAGGGGCAAAGGGCAUGUGAAGUCUUCAGGCAUAACAGAAGAGACGCCUGAAGAGAAACUUAUAAAAAAGCAAAAUAGUUUCUGUGAAGAAGAAAACAUAAAGGAAAUCAGGGAAAGUACAGAUGGUCUGCAAGAGCUAUACAAGUCUUUGGAACAAGCCAGCUUGUCAGCCUUUGGAGAGCAGCGUCCUUCUACCAAGCAGGAAUUCCGGAAGUCUUUUGUAAAGAGGUGCAAUGAUCCAAUUAUCAAUGAAAAACUUCAUCACAUCAGAGUUCUCAAGAGCACUUUAAAAGCAAAGGAAGGGGACAUGGUAACUAUCAACAAUCUUCUGGAUGAUCCCAACUUGACAUCAAAGAAGUUCAAAGAGUGGAAGCUAAAGAACUAUGAAUUUUUCCUGGACAUUUGUGAGUACAGCGCUGCUCUGAGACCUCAAAAUGGAGCCGCUGAACUUGUAACCCCUGCACCACUGCUGACACACACACAUUCAUUCAUUGAAACACAUGUCUGACAGGACUAGCACCAUGAACACUUGCUGGGUGCCAUGAGAAAUCCAAUAUGGCAAACUCUGUAAUAUUUGUAAAUGUACUCAGCAGUAUUGUAAAUAACUUGGAUAAGAGAAUAGUGCCACAGGAUGCCUACUACAUUGCAUGAUACGUAUUAUUCUGUUCUGAAUUAUUUUGUUUGCUAUUAUCAACCAACAUGCUUAUCAAGUUCUGCAUUAGAAAGAAACAGUGCAGAAGUGUAAUGGAAAAUAUA